AUGUUUGAAGCGGAGUACGUUAUACCAUGUGUUCGCAUGCGAGCGGGCGAAGAAAGCAUUCGCAGAGCGGCUAAGAAGUACCCUAUAUUAGAGCCGUUCGCCCCCCGUCACGUGAUCACGUACUUCAACAAUAACAAAGAGGAUAGCAGAAAAUCGGCGUACGAGCGUCUUCACAAGCACGAUUUCGAUCCGCGGAAGCCAAGAUGCGAUCGCACUAAGCCCAGCCUUUUCUGGCUGGAGAUCUCUGAGGAGAACAAAGGUCACAAGGUCCCGAUGACUACUAAUCUCUGGUACGGUCGACCGAACAGGCUCCAAGUCGACGUCCCCGAGAAGAAAUUCAAUCGAUCGAGCAGAAUGGCAGAGUUCUACAGCCGGAAACUCCUCCUAAUCGAUGAGGACGAACGGAAAGUCGUGGUCUGUUAG